AUGGUUCCUAAUUUAAAGAUAUGUCUACUUAUAUUAAUUUGCACAACUGCCGCUGUCGCUUCUGACAUAGACCAAUGUGCGGUAAACGCUGACAGCUGUGUGAACGAUGCUAGCUGUAUCAAUCUGAAUGACACGGCAGGAGAUGGACUCUUUUACUGCGAGUGCCAUGACGGAUUUGUCGGCGAUGGGCACAUGUGUGACAAUUGUACUGGUUGUCAGGAUAUCGACGAGUGUGCCGAAAUUGCAAUUGAAAGCACCAACUGUACCGUCCAGAACAAUACAAUCUGUAAAAACACACCGGGCAGCUUUGAAUGCAUCGUUUGUGAUGCGGACCAAUAUCUUGUCCCUAGUGAUAAUAGAACAGCUUGCGUGUUUGACGAGAGUAUUGGGUGCAGUAUCCACGAAGAUUUGACAUGUUUACCAGGUACAACAUGCAAAGACCUCGAAGAAGGAGGUUAUGUAUGCAUCUGCCCGGAGGGUGCAACUGGUAACGGCAAAAGAGGACCCGGAAACACAGGGUGCUCAUUUCCCACAUGUCCCGAGGCGAUGCCGGUUCAAGUUGGACAGUACUGCUAUAACGUCCAUGACGAGCCAAAAUCCUUUGACGAUGCUAAGAAAGAAUGCGAGAAAAAUGGUGGAUCACUGGCAUCCUUAUUGACGGAUGAAGCCAUAGAAACGCUAGAACUAGAAGCUUCGGCAAUGAUGUCUGGUAAUGCAUGGGUCGGGUUAUCGGACUCGAACUUGGAAGGAACAUUUGCGUGGUCGGACAAUGGUGUGGCCCGUUCUAUAAACAACUGGGGCGAAGGUGAACCAUCGACAGAUGGCGCAGAUUCAAAAGAUUGUGUAAGCUUCGGCGUAAAUACAGGGGACGAAGACACCAAGAUGUUCUUUACAGAGAACUGCACGAAGGCACUACCGUACAUUUGCAAGAAACCGUUGAUUCCUCAACCAUGCGCCGAUGGCUGGUCAUACAGAGAGACGACUGGGGAAUGUUACUACACAUCACAAGAACCAAAGCCAUACCUGGAGGCAUACAUACAAUGCGCUGCAAAUGGAGCAAGUCUUGUUUCAAUCGGGUCUCCAGAGGAACAAGCCUUCGUUGAUAGUCAGGUCUUUAAUGUACAAGGUACCGAUUUCUGGAUUGGGUUCGACGACGGUAUGCUUAAUGAACAGGAUGGUGUAUUCGCUUGGGCGGACGGAGAAGCUUUUGAUUUCACAAAUUGGGGCGAGCAAUAUCCUCUUGGAACCUCACCAUGUGCAUCACUAGACAAAACGACGAGUACCUGGAAAAAUAUAGCUUGUAAUACAGAACUAGGAUUCGUGUGUAAAAAGAACCAAAAUGUUCACGAAGAUUGCCCCUUUGGACAGAUGCGACUUGGGGAUGAAUGUAUCAAAAUGAAAACUGAUCCAAAGACCGGUUCGGGAGCUCUUGAAAACUGUAGGUCACUCGGAGGAGAUCUGAUGAGCAUAGGUUCUCUCGGAGAGCAACAUGCUAUUGCUAAAUUUCUCCAGUCAAAUGGCCUUGAAUCUGAGAAGCUAUGGAUAGGGUUGAAAGAAGACGUUAACCAAACAGAUAUAUACUCAUGGACGGACCUCACUAAUUCCUCAUACUCAAACUGGUUGCCAGGGAAACCAGAUGAUGGGGUUCCAGGAAGCUGUGUCUACAUUGAUGGGACUGCAGCGUAUCCAGACCAUCUAAAAUGGGCUGAUGGCAAUUGUAGUCUGGAGUAUCAAUAUCUUUGCAAAUACCGUAAUACACCUUGUUCAAGUGACGAUGAAUGCCACACUACGUUAGGCGAAUGCAACAGAGGGCAAUGCAGAUGUAAACCCGGAUACCAAGGAGACGGAAAAGAUGCAUGUAUAGAUAUCAACGAAUGUAAAACUCUCCAGCAACCAUGUGCUCCCGAGAACGCCAACUGUAUCAACCAAGAGGGGAGCUAUACAUGUGAAUGUGAAGAUGGGUACAUUGGUGACCCUACGAAGGACUGUGUCCCUCUUGCUGCAUGUGUGUCGGAUGCCGACUGUCACGUACAAGCCUCGUGUUUGGAUUUACUCUGCACUUGUAAGGAAGGAUAUGUUGGCACAGGCAAAUACUGCACAGACAUAGAUGAAUGCGCAAUUGACAUCAACAGUACUUUAUGCGACAAAAACGCAAGGUGUGUGAACAAUCCAGGAAACUAUACCUGUAUCUGUGAAGAUGGCUUUAACGGAGAUGGAGAGACAUGUUCAGAUAAUCCAAGAACGUGCCACGAUAUCUGGUUAGCUGACAAUACGACAGCAAGUGGAGUGUACAUGAUUGAUCCAGACAGCACUGGAGGAUUACCCCCCUUUGCAGUCCAGUGUGAUAUGCGGGAUGACAUGGGAGUGACAAUUCUAACACAUAACGUCAAAAACACCAUUAAAAUACCAUUGCAAGACAUUUACAUAAAACCCAUCAUCUACACAAAUCCCGUGGAAGAGGUUGACGCAGUGGUUGAUAUUUCAGAAUUCUGCUAUCAAAAUAUACUGUUUGUAUGUAAUGCACCGGAAAAUGUACUUGGAGAGGGAGACUUCUUAGUGAAUGGUAAAAGUGAAAAUAUCUUUGCCUGGGGAGCACCAAAAGAUGGGAUGUGUGCGUGUGGAAUGCUUGGAAUGUGCAAUGACCCUAGUAGCCAUUGUAACUGUGACGGAACCAGCAUGACUGGUGAAGACGGAGGAAAGAUUGUAGACAAGAAUCAGCUCCCAGUAACAGUUAUCAACUUUAAAGAUACAUCAGGCCGAACAGAAUUUGUUUUAGGACCAUUAAAAUGCGGUCCAAGACCAUUCGAUUAUCCCGAACAUUGCGACGAUGCCAAGUUCAACUAUGGUAUAACAACAAAUGGACCUUUGUACAUAGACAUCGAUGGGGUUGACGGUGAAACACCCCCCUUCUUGGUGUAUUGUGAUAUGGAAUCUUUCCCACAUGUUGGAAUAACCGUGCUCCCACAUGAUAAGCCAGGUCCACAAAACCCAACUCCAGGCGACAACCCAAUCACAUACCCUCUACCCGAUGACAUCAUUCAAAAGUUCCUCGAUACAUUUGAUUUCUGUAUGCAAGGUAUCGAUUACACGUGUGAGAAUUCGGGACUUCUGCAAGGCGACGCCGGGUACCUCGAGACAAGCGCGGGAGAGAAGCUGUCAUACUUUGGUGGUGGAUUACGCGGUGCCUCUGGGGAGGACGGAAAGUGUGCAUGUGGUGUAACAGGAACAUGUGACGAUCCAGCAGUUGGUUGCAAUUGUAACAUAAAAGAUGGAAAGGAAAGGCACGAUAUUGCUUUGAUAACCAACAAUACUGAUCUGCCCAUAGGAAAUAUUGUUCUGAAUGAGUUAGGUGGAAAUAGUACUGGCACAUAUAACAUUACAAGUUUACAAUGUGCACCGUUGCAAUUUGGUAUUCCCCCAUCAUGUCAGCACAUUAGAAACACUGGUCAAAAAUACUCCUAUACGUAUCUUAUUGACCCAGAUGGAACUGAGGACGAAUACGAAAUAAAUGGUCUUGUGAUGCCAUAUUUGGCCACGUGCUACAUGACGGACGAGCCACCGAUUGGUGCAACCGGAACAGGUGAACCUGCUCCUGGUGUUGGGGUAGGACCACCAGGUCCAGGUCCCGAAUCAACGGAGAAGAGAUCACCUUAUUGUGAAGAUCUGCCUGACGACCAAGGACGGAUAUGUUAUGAAAUCUUUCCGUCGUGUAGCCACAUGUAUAUAUACUACAAAACUGUGAUUGGUUACUCAUCGGUAGAGCCUGGCUACUACGUCAUAGAUCCAGAUGGUAUAAAUGAAGGAGUAGAUCCUUUCGUGGUAAUCUGUACUAAAUGGUACAAGACCAUCAUUCCUGUUACACAUGGCACUGGCUUUGACAUUAUUGAUGAACCAAACCCAGAAAACCCAACACCUGAGAGCAAAUGUACCAACAUUACAUAUGGCAAUGACAUUACUCCUGAACAAAUCAAGGCACUGGUCAAGAUAUCAGGAUUCUGCAAACAGUAUGCUAAAGUAGAGUGUAGAUACGCACCAUUUACCGGCUAUGGCAACUGGAGUAAUAUCGAUGGCAUAACUAUGGAAGGAUUUGCAGGUAGUGCUGGUGCUCCAGAAUGUGCAUGUGGGGCUGUUGAUAAAUGUGUUGGUGGAUCUACAAUGGAAUGCAAUUGUGAUAUGAACGAUGGAGAUCUUAGAAAGGACGAGGGCCUGUUCUUUGAUAAAGCUGAUGUACCAGUAUCACAGAUAUGUCUUGGACUUAGUGAUGAACCCCUGCCAGUGAAUGAAACUGGGUCUAAAAGCCAAAGCUUCAUACUUGGAAAUUUAGAAUGUGUUCCUAUUCAAUAUGGUAUCCCCAAGGAUUGCCAAGAGCGACGUGACUUUGGUAAUGUUGAGAGUGGUCCCUGGCUGAUUGAUCCCGAUGGUGCUAAUAACAAUGACCCAUUCCCUGUAUAUUGUGACAUGACGUAUAUACCAAGAGUGGGCGUUACGGUCGUGACUCACGACACACCAGAUUCCAUCAAUGUGACCACAGAUGGUGUGGAUAUUUCACCUGUGUAUAAUGCUGUUGAUAUUCCUAAGUUGAAGUCACUCACAGGUGGAAAGACAGUAUAUUGCACACAGGAAAUGAAUUACACAUGUAUCAACUCCGAUCUGGUGCUCAGUGAUGUGUAUGGAUGGUAUGACAUAGAUGGCGAGAUUGUCUCAUAUUGGGCAGGCAGCAGAGAUAACGAUGGUUGCGAGGGUGAGUCGUGUCAAUGUAGCGAGCUUGAUGACAAGCAGCACCUUGAUGGUAGUGGACUCUUCUUCAAAGAAGACCUUCCUGUCAGCAGAGUAAAGCUUGCCGGUGUACCAGUUGUAACACCUCAAAUGAGGGAACUUAGCAUAGGACCACUUGAGUGCUCAAGGUUACACAAAAAUUGUCACGAGAUUCUUUUGGCUGGUGAGAGGUACUGGAACAUCCAGCACUAUGCAAUUGACCCUGAUGGUGCAGGUGGUGUGCCACCUAUGCACGUUAAAUGUGAUUUCACAACAUUACCAGGACAGGGCAUAACAAUUGUUCCCGUCUAUAACAAGAAUGGUCCCAAAGAUGUUCCUAACAAUGGUGGUUCUAUACCAAUAACCUAUUGGGAAGUCACUCCUGAGCAGAUUAAUGUACUGGCAAAAGCAUCCCCAUAUUGUCAACAGGGCUUAUACUAUGAAUGCAACAAUGCUGGUCUUAUGGGAGAGGGCAGUUACUUCAAAGACUUCCAGGGCAACGUAUCUUCUGGUUGGGCAUUGGCCGAGAACUACAAUGGAGACGAGGCUGUGUGCGCCUGCAAGCUACUGGGAACAUGUCCAGAGGGAACCAACUGUCGCUGCGAUGCAAAAGGAGAAAUGUCAUCCCUCGAAGGAGGUCUUAUCACCAGGAAUGAUAUUCUUCCCAUCACCGAGCUUAAUUUUGCAGCUACGGGCGAAGGAUCUGCCAAAUAUGAGAUAACAAGUGUAUCUUGUGCACAAGAACCAUUUGGGCUGCCGAAAGAUUGUAAUGAGGCACUAGCAAUGGGAAGGGGAUCCGGAGAGAUGCUGAUUCAACCAAACAAAGGCGUACAACCUUUCCUUGUCUCAUGUGAUAUGGACACUAAACCUGGAACAGGAAUAACUAUUAUACCAAAUAACCUUCCCGAUGACACCCCAGCUGACGACACUGUGCCCAUUGAAUACCCAACAGCAUCCCCCGAGCAGAUCGAUGCUUUGGUUGGGCAAUCAUCGUACUGUUACCAGCCUAUGAAAUAUGAUUGCUUUUCAAAUCCAAAUGAAGUAAAAUGGAUCGGAGCCGAUGAUAAGGAACAGAGCUAUCUUGGCUAUGGAGAGAAUGUUGGUCAAUGUAGCUGUGGAUAUGACCAACUUUGUGGCGGAAAUGACGGUCAAGCUGCUAUGGAACAAAGAUCAUGUAACUGCCGAGUUGGUGAUGAUGUGUGGCGAUCUGACGCAGGUUCACUUAGUAAGGAAUCUGACCUACCAAUCAAAAGCAUGAUCUUCACGACUCCUGUCGGAGGACAGGCCUCCUUCUCACUUGGGGAUCUUUAUUGCGCAGACGAAGAUUUUGAUAUUGAUGAAUGUGAGCUAAACAAACAUGACUGUCACGUGAACGCGACAUGCGAAAACGUCCCAGGUCGAUUCAAAUGUAAUUGUAACCCAGGGUACCAAGGAUUGGGAAGAACAGAUAAUAUGUACUCCAAUGGAAGAGAAUGUUUUGAUGACGAUGAAUGUGGGCUUGGUGCAUGUGAUAGGAGGGUGUCGAUAUGUAUAAACACAGAUGGCUCUUACGAGUGUGAAUGUAAAGAUGGAUUCAGAAUGAAUGAGGCUGGAAAAUGUGUUGAUAUUGAUGAGUGUGCAGAAGAGACAUAUGACUGCCCAGAUAACAGCCGCUGUGCAAAUACAUUCGGAAACUAUAGAUGCCUGUGCAAACCUGGUUUCAGGAGCAUGAAUGGAGAAUGUUACGAAAUUGGUAUUUGCUCGUGUUUCGGGGACCCACAUUGUUCAUCCUAUGAUGGAUACAUGCUGCAUUUCCAAGGCGUUUGCUCAUACGUCAUGUCACGUGAUAAUUGUUCUCAUGGACAGAUCGUUGGUGAACCAAACUUUGAAGUAAUAAUAACGAAUGUUGGUGAACCAGAUGUUUUGCACGGUUCCUGGGUGAGAGCGUUACAAGUAAAUGUAUUUGGGAAGGAAAUCGGCUUACUACAAAGAAAGGAGGUUCGAGUAGAUGGACAGAGAGUUUAUCUUCCGAUGUCGCCAGUUUCAGGCGUGCAAAUAUUCAAUAAAGGCCUCAAUGUGGUUGUGAGAGCUGAGUCCCUUGGGCUUGAAGUAUUAUGGGAUGGAAAAGCAAGUGCAGAAGUUAACGUUCCAACAGAGAUGAAGGAAAAGACAUGUGGCAUUUGUGGAGACUUCAAUGGUAUUCUAGAGGAUGAUUUGGUAAUUGGACCAAAAUGCGACGAUACUGGAGGGCUAGCAACAAACUAUAACAAUACCCAUAAUAGAAUGGGUUAUUCAUGGUUGUAUGAAAGGACUAAUGUGUGUUAUCCAAAAUGCGAGGAGCCCGAUGAGCCAGUCUGUCCUGACGAACCUCACAUGGAUGAAGCAAAUAAAUACUGCGAUACAAUGGGAUUGAUAUUUGCCAAUUGUUUGGAAGUAAUGGGAGCCAAGGCAGAUGGUUUUAUGGUUUCAUGUCAAUCUGACUUCUGUCGUGUCCCCGACCAGCUAUGUGAUACAGUAGGCCGAUUGGCUGCCACAUGCCAAACAGACUACAAGGUUACCCUAAACCCUAUGUGGAGAUCCAUAUUGCAAUGCAAUGAUGUGAGUUGUGGUGACAAUAUGAUUUACAAAGCAGAAGCAAAUCCAUGCCAACCAAGUUGUAUGUACCCGAAUGGUGACCCACUCUGUGAUUCGAAUAACCUCGUUGAAGGGUGUGUGUGCCAAUCCGGAUAUGUCAUGGAAGGUAACAAGUGUAUCCAGCUCCAGCAAUGUGGUUGUCAAGACAUGAGCAAUCCUGGAAGUUAUUACCCUGUUGGGACAGCAUUUGUUCGACCAGACUGUAUUGAAAAAUGCGCUUGUACAUCACCUAUGUCACCACUUAGCUGCACUCCACUCAAGUGUGACGUAAACGCAACAUGUUACAUCAAUGAAGGAAUAUUAGAUUGUUAUUGCGUUGAUGGCUAUAUGGGAAAUGGUGCAACAUGCGAGGAAAUCGAUGAGUGUGAAAUUAAGACGGAUGAUUGUCACAAUGAUGCCAACUGCACCAACCUGGAUGGUAGCUAUUCGUGUGAAUGUAAGGAAGGAUUCAUGGACAGAACAGAUGAUGUGUCAGUACGUGGAAAGGACUGUGUUGAUGUGAAUGAGUGUUCUGAAGAAGCGAGUCCAGGUAGCAAUGACUGUGAUCCUAACAGUAUAUGCGAUAACACAAUUGGAUCUUAUGAAUGCAAUUGUAAGAAAGGAUACAAGAAGGAUCCAACAGAUAUAUGCGAGGAUAUUGAUGAGUGUGCAUCUAAAGGAACAAACCCAUGCCAUGCGGAAUCUACAACAUGUAAUAAUACCAUAGGAACAUUCUCAUGUGAAUGCUUGGAGGGCUUUGAGAGGUUUGAUGACAACAAAUGCGUUGAUAUAAACGAAUGUGAGACUGGUGCCUUUGAAUGUGGAGAAAACACAAUGUGUACCAACAAUGCUGGGUCGUACGGCUGCACGUGCUUGCAAGGAUACAGAGGAGACGAUCCAAAGGCGGACGGCUGCGUCGAUAUCAAUGAAUGUGAUGAAAACCUUCACAAAUGUGACGUCAUGUCAACCACGUGCACAAACACAAAUGGUUCAUAUACGUGUGACUGCAUCGAAGGAUAUAAAUACAUUGAUGGAUCAGUUCACAAAUGCACAGAUAUCAAUGAAUGUAUCGAAUCUCCUGAAAGUUGUAUGGCAAACUCAGAUUGUUUAAAUACGGACGGAGGCUUUGAGUGUAAUUGCAAGGUUGGCUACAUACUGAAACGGGGCGACCCACCUGCAUGUAUCGAUAUCAAUGAAUGCGAAGGUCGUAGAGGUAGAACAGUGAACUGUGGAGACGAGAUUGUGACGGCCAAUGAAACGUUUGUUCCCGGGGCAUGUGUCAACACCGAUGGUUCUUACCAUUGUGAAUGUAACGAAGGAUUUGUAUUGGAUAACGCGCUUAACCAAUGCGUAGAUGAAAAUGAGUGUGAAAAUGGAAAAGCUGAUUGUGCACCUCGAGCCACGUGUGGCAAUGUAGUGGCAGCGUACACAUGUACGUGUGAUGAAGGCUACUUUGGCGAUGGAAAGACAUGCGAAGAUGUUGAUGAGUGUUCAAAAGAAACUGGUACUGCUUGGUGUAGUGAUAUGGUUGGAGCAACAUGUGAAAAUAGUGUGGGCAGCUUCUUAUGUGGGUGCGCUGAUGGAUUUAUGCAGAAUAAUUCCAACUGCUUGGAUGUGGAUGAGUGUGUACUUGAUAUAGAUAACUGUGACAAGUCUUCACGAGGAGUGUGCAAUAACACCGUAGGCUCAUUCCAAUGUGGUUGUACAUCAACGUAUAGAAUGAGACGGGAUAGAAGAUGCGUGACUGGAAGAGAUCCACUUAACGACUAUGAUCCACCAAUAUGUGGCGACAUACAAUGUUCAGUAGACGCUGAAUGUGUGGACGGUAAAUGUACAUGUGUUGAUGGAUUCUUCGGCGAUGGACAAACCUGUCAACAGGUGGACGAAUGUGUAGAACAAUUGCACGAAUGUUCGGAAUUGCAGUACUGUGAGGAUCUUGAUGGUUCAUAUAUAUGCCUUUGCAAGGAGGGAUACACAAAGACAGCAGAUAAUGAAUGUGAAGAUAACGAUGAGUGUCUGCGAAGUGAGGAUAAUUGUGGCUACGGAACAAAGUGUGAGAACACUGUGCCAGGUUUUACAUGUACAUGUCUUGACCCAAUGGAUGAACUACAAAACAUGCCUGAUGGAACAGUAGCGUGUCACCCUCCUGGAGUUGUGGUAUGUGAAAACAUAAUCGAAUGUGAAAAGCGUCAAUUCUGUAACAGCAACAAUGUAUGUGAAUGCAGUAAGGGUUUCCAACUCAUAAACGGGACAUGUGAAGACAUAAAUGAGUGUGACACGGAUGAAGUACUUUGCUCUGGCGAACUACAAACAUGUGGAAACACGGAAGGAUCAUAUGUGUGCACAUGCACAGAAGGAUACAAGAUGGAAGGCAACACUUGUAUAGAUAUUGAUGAGUGCCUAGAAAACUUUGAUGACUGCAAAGAGCCAACAAAAUGUGUCAAUCAACCCGGUGCAUACAGAUGUGAAUGUAUUUCGGGCUUUACCACCAUUGUUACAUCAGAUGGCGACGUCCAAUGUGAAGACAUUGAUGAAUGCACAAAUGGUGAACCAAACUGCGACAUAAAUGCGGAGUGUAAGAAUAAACCAGGAAGUUAUGACUGCAAGUGUAAUGAAGGAUUUGAAGGAACUGGCGAGAUUUGCCAAGACAUUAAGGAAUGCAGUUUGGGGCUAGAUAAUUGCUCUCCUGAUGCCACAUGUGAUGAGACUGAAGGUGGUUACAUAUGUAACUGCGAUAGUGGGUACCUGGAUGUGGAGGAAAAUGGAUAUGUCUGCGAAGAUAUUAAUGAGUGUGAGACUGGUGAACACAACUGUGUGAGAAAUUCUGAAUGCAUCAACAGACCAGGAGGCUUUGAAUGCAAAUGUUCUAUGGGAUUUAGUGGACACUGUGAUGACUGCAAAGACAUUGACGAGUGUGCAACUGGAAUACAUCACUGUUCAAGUCGUGGGGUAUGCAACAAUACGCUAGGCUCAUACACCUGUGGAUGUGCUGAAGGAUUCGUUGGAGACGGUGCAGACUGCACAGAUCGCAACGAGUGCACGGAAGGCAUACACAAUUGCCCAUUGAACUCUCAAUGUAUCAAUUUAGUUGGUACUUAUGAGUGUCACUGUUUCAUUGGUUUUGAAAAGGAUGUAAGAUACAACCAAGGCCAGGGUCAUUGCUUUGAUAUUGACGAGUGCAACACUACAGUUACUGAGAACCAAUGUGACCCCGUGGCUGAAUGUGAGAACACUGUAGGUUCCUACUUGUGUAGAUGUCCUGAAGGGUACACUGGUAAUGGCUACAGCUGUCAAGGAAUAGUUGAUUCGGAAUGUGGACCAGAUCAACUCAACUGCUCAGUAAAUGCGCACUGUGAUAGAAACGCAGAUCCACCUACAUGUUCUUGUUCAGUUGGCUAUUAUGGAACUGGGUUAGCAUCUGAUGGAGAAACUGCAUGUCUUGAAAUUCCAUCAUGUAAACCUGAUACAUGUAACAUGGAUACAGAAUAUUGUUUGGUAAUAGACAACGCUGCAUCGUGUUAUUGCAAACCAAACUUUGAGAGACAAGGAACCAACUGUGUAGAGCGUGAAGACCCCAUCUGCCCAGGUAACUGUGGUCUUACUACCAUGUGUAGAGUGGAAAAUAAUGAAGCAGAAUGUUUCUGCAUGGAGGGAUACCAACUUGUAUCAGGGACAUGUAUAGAUGUGGACGAAUGUAAUGUUGGAACAGCUAAUUGUCCAACUGGAGCAGACUGCUUUAACAAACCAGGAGGAUAUAGAUGCUUAUGCAAAUCUGGAUUCACAGAGGAUGGGGACAAAUGUAUUGAUAUUGAUGAGUGUAAACAGGACUCUGAUACAGCCAAAUGUGAUGAAGAGACACAAGUGUGUAAUAAUAACAUUGGAGGCUACACCUGUGAUUGUAAACCAGGCUAUGUCACGUCUGAUAGUGGCCUGUGUUUUGGUCCGGUAGACAGUGAUUGUGUCUGUGAUAACUUAGCUCAGAAAUGUUCUUUCAAGGACGGUUUAAAAGUGUGUACUUGUGACAGUCGCUAUACUAAUGGAGCAACAACGUCAGGGUGUAUAGACAAAGAUGAGUGUACAGAUGGGUCAUCCCAGUGUGGUGAUAACACAGAGUGCCAAAAUUACAAUCCAGGUUAUAAAUGUACCUGCAAGACAGGAUUCCAAGCAAUAGACAACUAUAACUGCGAAGAUGUCGAUGAAUGCUAUCAGGAAUUGGACGAAUGUAGCGAGCAUGCUAAAUGUACAAACACAGAGGGUAGUUACAGUUGUCAAUGCAACCUUGGCUACGAGGGUGACGGAAAAUCCUGUCAAAAACAAGUGGAUCCAACGUGCAAUGGCGUUGGGGAGUUUGAUGCAAGCAAGUCAACAUGUAAUUGCUCUGAGGGAUAUAAACUUGUCGAGAUGAACAGGAUACUCACCUGUACAGAUAUAAAUGAGUGCGAAGAGGUUCCAGGCUCCUGUCAGGACGCAGCUAUUUGCACGAACACCAGAGGCAGUUACUACUGCACGUGCCAAGAUGGCUAUGUAGGGGAUGGGAAACUAUGUGAUCUUAAUGAAUGUGCACAGCCCGAUCGAUGUCACAGCAGCGCUUAUUGUACCAAUGAGAUUGGAGGAUUCUCAUGCAGCUGUAACCCUGGAUACGAAGGAGACGGAUUUGAAUGCACUAAAAUUGAGAACCCAUGUCCUGUGAACAACGGUGGGUGUGGGGACAACUCUAUAUGUCAGUUUAUAGAUGCACGUGUAUACUGCGGAUGCCGACCAGGAUAUAAAGGCGAUGGCGACCUGUGUGUAGACAUAAACGAAUGUACUGAGACAGGAAGCAUGAAGCAUAGAUGUAUUAAUGCAAUGUGCUCUAACUACGAUGGAGGCUAUAGUUGCGAUUGUUUGACUGGCUUUAUACCUCAGGCUACAGGGAGCACAGUAUGCAUGGACUAUGAUGAAUGUGCUAAGGACACUCACAACUGUCAUGCAACAAAUGCCACAUGCCAGAACAAUGAAGGUAGUUUUGAGUGUGAAUGCAAAGAAGGAUUUAAAGGAGAUGGAGUUGAAUGUAUAGCUGACUCUGAAUGUAAUGGAGGGUGUGGGUUUAAUGCGGAAUGUGUUGGCUCAGAGAGAUAUGGCUUUGAAUGCAGAUGCUUGACGGGAUUCCUUCGGGAAAAUGGUGAAUGUGUAGAUGUAAACGAAUGUGAUAGACCAGACAAUAACAUAUGCCAUAGACUCGCUUCAUGUACAAAUAAUGAUGGUAGCUACACAUGCGAUUGCAAUCCUGGUACAUACGGAAACGGGUACUACUGUAAAGAUGUGAAUGAAUGUGCUACUGGCGUUGAUGACAAACCUGCAUGUGGACCCCAUGGAAAAUGUACAAACACAGAAGGCUCAUAUACAUGCAACUGUCUGAAUGGAUUCGAGUUAGUUGGGUCGGAAUGUCCUGAUAUCAAUGAAUGUACGGGUGAUGCUGCGACCACAUGUUCGCCGGAAGCAGUGUGUAAGAAUACUGAAGGAGGUUACACAUGUGAAUGUAAACCUGGUUAUUCUGGAUCAGGACUUGUCUGUGAAGAUGUAGACGAAUGUGCAUUAGGAACCGCUAACUGUUCAUCAAACACGCUGUGUAAAAAUAAGAAAGGAAGCUUCACUUGCGAAUGUUUGAAAGGACUUCUCUUCGAUGAUGAGGACUGUGUAGACAUCGAUGAAUGUGCCAAUGAUACUCUGAAUGAUUGCCAUGAAGAUGCUACCUGUAUCAAUGAAGAACCAGGGUUCCAUUGUAUUUGCAAUGAAGGUUUCAUCGGAGAUGGGGUGGACAUAUGCAUAAAGGACAAUCCAUGUAGUGACCCGACAUUGUGCACUAAAGCUGGACAAAUAUGCAAAGUUGUUGACGAUGCUGCUGUAUGCGACUGUAUCCCAGGAACUGAAAAAUCCGGAUCUGUUUGUAUCGAUAUUGACGAGUGCAACGACGGUAGCCUAACUUGUGACGGAAUCAAUGCAAGAUGUAACAACACGCUAGGUGGCGCUGAAUGUGUUUGUAAAGAUGGUUUCCAAGGAGAUCCAGAGACUGAAUGUACAGACAUCGACGAGUGUGAUCCUUCAUCAGACGGCGGUGGUGACAACUGCUGUGCUGGCCCUGGUUCUGGUUGCACAAACACACCAAGCAGCUAUGAAUGCACUUGUAUGGUUGGAGAACCAAUUGACGGAUGCACAUGUCCAGGUCCACCCAGUGAGUGUGAUAGUGCAGGUGGUGCUGAAGGCGGUAACACAUGUGAUGGAAAUGCUGACUGUGAGGUAACCGUAGAUGGCCACACCUGUAAAUGUCAGCCAGGUUACACCGGAGAUGGCCAAACGUGUACAGAUAUUGAUGAGUGUCAAGAAGGCACCUCUCAAUGUGAUGAUGAUUCGAGCGAGUGUGUUAAUACAGAGGGCUCUUACGAGUGCCAGUGCAAAGUUGGUCAUGUACAUGUUAAUGGCACAAUAGAAUGUAGUGAUGUGGAUGAGUGUGAAGAUGAGGCGUUGAAUGAUUGUGCCGACAACAGCACUUGUGCUAACACAUUUGGUUCCUACGAUUGUGAAUGCCUGCCAGGAUUCACAGGGGAUGGAACAACAUGUGAAGAUAUUGAUGAGUGUGCUACCGAAACAGAUCCCUGCCAUGAAUUUGCUGAAUGUAGCAAUGUACCAGGAAGUUGCACAUGCACAUGUGCCAAUGGCUACACAGGAGAUGGAAUAUACUGUACUGAAAUAGAUACAUGUGAUGAAGGAUCAACAAAGACAUGUGGUGACAAUGCUGCUUGUGUUAAAGUAGACGACUCAACUGAACAAUGCACAUGCCACAAUGGAUAUGAAGGAGAUGCUGAUACCGGAUGUACAAAUGUCAAUGAAUAUGUCAAUGAAUGUAAAUCAACUAGUUCUGUAUGUGGUCCAAGAUCUUCAUGUGUAGACACAGACGGUGGAUAUCUAUGUCAGUGCGAUCCAGGCUACUAUGGAGGUGGUCCUAAUGGCGGUUCUCCAUGUCAAGAUACAAAUGAAUGUGCCACUGGAGAGGACAACUGUGACAAAAUAUUUGGAGGUUGUGAAAACAAUGAAGGCAGUUUUACUUGUUACUGCCGAUCAGGCACCGAGGGAGAUGGAUUGGCAUGUAACCCAAUAGAUGAAUGUGAGAGAGGCUUAGACAACUGCACAGUCAAUGCAGAGUGCUUAAAUACACCCAAGAGUUUCUACUGCAGAUGCCCUGAUGGCUUCAGAGGUGAUGGCUACGAAUCAUGCACAGAUAUCGAUGAGUGUGAUGAAGGACUCCAUAACUGUGAAGGGGAAUGUACCAAUGAAAUAGGAGGUUAUAGAUGCCCAUGUGAAGAUGGUCUGGAAUGGAAUGGAUCUGAAUGUGUUGAUAUAAACGAAUGUGAAAGUGGGGUGGCAGAAUGCUCAGAAUAUGCCAGUUGCAACAAUGUAUACAAAUCGUAUGUUUGCAUUUGUCGCCAGGGAUUUAGUGGCGAUGGAUAUACAUGCACUGAUAACAAUGAAUGUUUAUCAAGCCCAUGUGGAUCCUUGGGAUGUACUAAUACAGUUGGUUCAUACACCUGCGAUUGUCCAAAUGGUCAGAUAAACAUUGCUAAUGCUUGCUAUGAUGAUAAUGAAUGUAAAUUAGAACUAUGUGACGAACUGGCAACAUGCAUAGAUACUGAGGGUUCGUUUGAAUGUGUGUGCCCGGCUGGGUAUCGAACAAGAGGAACAGCUUGUAUUGACAUGAAUGAAUGUGUUGAGCGUCCAGAUGGAUGUUCGGAGAACGCUCAAUGCACCAACACAAUUGGAUCUUACAGAUGCACAUGUAAUCCAGGCUUUUUGUGGGACUUGCAAGAUAAAAACACAUGUGCAGAUGUUGAUGAGUGUGCAGAUACAGAAUACCAAUACUGCCCCUCAAAAUGCCUGAAUACAGUAGGAUCAUAUAAAUGUAUCUGUGAACCUGGCUAUGAAUACAGGUUCUCAGACUGCAGAGAUAUUGAUGAGUGUAUGCUGCCACCUACUGAUGCUAAUGCACCAACCUGUGGUGUCGAGUCAACCUGUGAAAACACUGAAGGAAGUUACAGUUGCAUUUGUAAGACUGGUUACAAAAAGGUGGAUGGAAAGUGUGUUGAUAUAGAUGAAUGCGAGAGCAAUGACUGUAGUGCAUUAGCAGAUUGUCACAACACCCCAGGAUCAUACAUAUGUCAGUGUAAAGUAGGAUAUAUAGGCAAUGGAAAGACUUGUGAAGAUGAAAACGAAUGCAUGCUGAACCCUACUAUGUGCGGACCUAGAGAUAGUUCAAUAUGUACAAAUGUAGAACCUUCAUACUCAUGUGAAUGUAGGACAGGCUAUAAGAAAGUAUUUAAAUACAACAACACUCACGGCGUUUGUGAAGAUAUCAAUGAAUGCAUUGAGAAUGGCUAUACCUGUGGUUCCCAUUCGUCAUGUGUUAAUCUACCAGGAGGUGUUGAAUGCCAGUGUGACCCAGGAUAUAUUUUGAUUGAUAGGAUAUGUCAAGAUAUGAAUGAGUGUACAAGAAAUCUACAUAAGUGUUCUCCAAAUGCUGACUGUCAUAAUACAGAGGGGUCAUACGAAUGCACGUGUAAAGAACACUUUACAGGGAAUGGGUUCUCUUGUCUUGGAUUGUGUGAGACAACUCCGUGUAGACAAUUCGAACAGUGUAUAGUCACAGAUGAAGGUCCAACGUGUGAAUGCAGAUGUAACUGGGGUUCAAGAUGCGAUGAUGAAAGAAUGAUCUGUGGACAUGAUGGACAGACAUACGAAUCAGGACUAGCUCUGUUUAAUGCAUCGUGUGAACAAGAUAGCCCAAUAUUCAUCAAGUAUUAUGGACCAUGUUCAAGUACUUGUGAUACGGUAGUUUGUCCAACUGGACACAUCUGCAAAGAGAUAGGGGGCACUCCCGAAUGCGUUUGCCCAGAGUGUACCGAGGAAGAAAAAACAUCAGGUGAGGUGUGUAGUUUAUCUGGGACGACUUAUGCCAACAAAUGCCAACUGAAGCUUCACGCAUGCCACCUAUACAAGCCAGAUGGUGUUAAACAUUCGGGAGAAUGUAAACCAAAAAUAGAUUAUGAAGCCACAGAGUGGACCGAGUGGGGAAGCUGCAGUGUCACGUGUGGGGAGGGUGUAGAAAUGAGAACACGUGAAUUGAUACGCCAAGGCGAAAAUGGAGGUAGAACACUCAGCCAGCAUGAUCUUUACGACAGAAGACAAUGUUUUGAAGAUAUUUGCGAAGAUGAUUCAGUAUGUGCAGGCAAGGACUGUAGCGACAUAGUUGAAUCUCGUUGCUUCAAUGUUAGCAAUGAACCUGUGUGCAAGUGUAGGACAAUAGAAUACUGUCGCUCGCUAGAAGUGGACAUUGUCUGUGGAAAAGUGGUAAACGAGAUAAAUGAGUUCGUCAAUGAAUGCCAAUUAAAGAGAAUGGCUUGCCUGAACAACGAUCAUGAAUAUCACCUCAUCAACAGAGGACAUUGUGAUCUUGAUAACAUUCCCGACGAGCCUUUAGAAUGCUCCAACGCCGUGCACUGGCAGGUCAUUGAAAGUGAGGACAAACAAUGCACAUCUAGUGACCAAGUUCAGGUAGACAGAUGUGCAGGAGGGUGUGGAGACUACAUUGGUGAAUGUUGUCAUCCUAAAUCCUACUUUGAAGAAGCACCUGUUGUUCUCAACUGUGUAAAUGGCACCACGAUCAAUACUGUGUAUUCACGAAUCGAUGAAUGUAGCUGUCAACCCAGACCAUAACACAUGGUCCAUAUUAAUGCAAAAUAGCAGACACAGAAACACAGGGACACAUUUAUAUAAUACUAAAAUAUCAUUACAAUACUACACACCGUUUGCACAAGGAGCUGGUUCAGUAGUCCUUGGUGACAAUUCAUAUUAUUUGGGUGUAUCGUUCUAGCAACGACUUAGAUAUAGACGUGCUGGGAAACACGUAGAGCGAGUAUCACUAUCAAUUGUUUGAGCAUCUAGAAAUAGAUUUCUAAUUCUUGGUUUGCUUCAUUCUGUGCUUUCGAGAAAAGAUUAAAGGACGAAACCACUGUGUAUCUGAAGAUCUAAUGAAAGAGCACACAAUGGAAUGACAGGGAAUUGAAUUUCAUUUCUCAAAAUUAAGACAAAAAACGAAUUGAUGUGACCACACUUUUAAGACUAUCAGGGAUAUGUAUACAAACUGCUGAUAAUGAUACAAUUAGGGGAGGUUCAAUCAAAGACAUUCUAGUGCAGUGCAGUUCCCCUUGAUUGAAUGUUUAAUGACGUUUACAAUUUUUGUAAAUAGAAAGAACAUUGAUUGUUUUUGUAAAGUUUAAAUGUAUUUGAAUGUAUUUGAAAUAAUAAGAGCCUAUUAUUUAAAAUAAAA